AUGUUCCGCUCCAUAGGUCGACGACUUCCUCGCCAGCUCCCUCGUCCAACCGCACCAUCCCGUCUCGCCCUGCGCUCGUUCACAUGCGCUUAUCCUCGGAUGUCAUCACCGCCCGUUCAACCAGUGUCCGCCACACUGCCAUCCGAUGCAUACCAGUUGCUCUCAACUGCUGAGAAAGCCGGUGCCGCAGAGGAUGCACUCUACGAACAACAAAUUCGCGAUGUGCAAGCAUGGUGGGAUUCUCCUCGGUACGAGGGCAUCAAGCGGCCCUACUCGGCCGAGGAUGUCGUAAGCAAGCGUGGAUCCCUGCAGCAGAACUAUCCCAGCUCUUUGAUGGCGCGGAAAUUGUUCAACUUGUUGAAUGAGCGGGCGGCGGCUGGCGAGCCAGUGCACACCAUGGGUGCCAUUGACCCUGUACAGAUGACCCAGCAAGCUCCAAACCAGGAGAUUUUGUACAUCUCCGGCUGGGCAUGCUCAUCUCUUCUUACCAGUACCAACGAGGUUUCUCCGGAUUUCGGCGAUUAUCCCUACAAUACGGUACCGAACCAAGUUCAACGCCUGUUCAAGGCUCAAUCUAUGCACGAUCGCAAACAAUGGGAUGCUCGAAGGAAACUGUCUGCGGAGGAGCGCAAAAAUACCCCCUACGUGGAUUACUUGCGACCGAUCGUGGCGGAUGGUGAUACCGGCCACGGCGGUUUGUCAGCAGUUCUGAAGCUGGCUAAGCUGUUCGCCGAGAAUGGAGCCGCAGCCGUGCAUUUCGAAGAUCAGCUUCACGGUGGCAAAAAGUGCGGCCAUUUGGCCGGAAAGGUUCUGGUUCCCAUUGGCGAGCACAUUAACAGACUGACCGCUGCGCGGUUCCAAUGGGACAUGAUGGGAUGUGAAAACUUGGUGAUUGCGCGCACAGACUCGGAAAGUGGCAAACUUAUUAGCAGCGCUAUUGAUGUACGCGACCAUGAGUUCAUCCUCGGUAUCACCGAAGAGGUGGAGCCGUUGGCCGAGACUCUGCAGGCCAUGGAGCGCGAAGGCGCAUCACCAUCUGAGAUUGAUGCAUUUGAGCUUGAAUGGGUCAAGAGGCACAAGCUUGUCUCUCUUGACGAGGCUGUCGAUGCUCACCUCGAAGCCGAGGGUGCCACCCAGGCCGCCCGAGAUGCCUACAAGGCCCAUGUCCAAGAGAACCCCAACCUUUCCUUCUCUCGCCGUCGUGCUUUGGCCAACGAUUACACUAAGUCCCCAGUGGUAUGGUCAUGCGAUAGCCCACGUACGCGUGAGGGCUUCUAUCAUUACCGCGCAGGAUUCCCAGCCGCCACCAAGCGCGCCAAGGAAUUCGCUCCCUACGCUGACCUCCUCUGGGUCGAAACCGGUGAUCCAGAUGUCGAGAAGGCAGGCAAGUUGGCGAGUGAAGUCCGCGAGGUUCACCCUGGCAAGAAGUUUGUGUACAACUUAAGUCCGUCGUUCAAUUGGAUGGGUCAAGGAUUUAGCGAGGCUUCUCUGAAGUCUUUCAUUUGGGACAUUGCCAAGCAUGGAUUCGUCCUGCAAUUGAUCUCCUUGGCAGGUCUUCACAGUAACGCCACUAUCACAACGGAGUUGUCCCGCGCCUUCAAGGACGAGGGAAUGCUUGCUUACGUGCGACUCAUUCAGGCUCGUGAGAAGGAGAUGGGAGUCGAUGUCCUUACUCAUCAGAAAUGGAGUGGUGCUCCUUAUAUGGACGGCAUCUUGGGUGCGAUCCAAAGUGGAAGCAGCAGCAGUAAGAGCAUGGGCGAGGGUAACACGGAGAAGGGUUUCUAA